AUGGCAAGAUUGUGUGUUUCAAGUGCGACCGAGAGGGUAAUAAGAAGAAUCACCACCAAGGGAGUCACGUGUUAUGAGUGUGGUAUGAUCGGUCAUAGGAAGCAUGAGUUUCCACAGGGUGGUAGAGUUUCAAAGCAGUCACAGGCAUCGGGUUUACCACCAUCAGCUUCUACUCCAGCUCUUUUUUCUACUGUUCCAUCAAGAGGGGGCGAGGUGGAGCUAAGCAGAGCAAUAACAUCAUUCAUUUCUGCGUCCCUUGCACGUGCAUUGAGUUUGCAAAUCUCUCCAAUGAGUAUAGCCCUAAAGGCUGAUUUAUAUGUCUUGGACUUCAAGGAUUUUGAUGUAAUCCUUGGAGUGGAUUGGUUAACAAAGCAUCAUGCAUUGUUGGACUUUUGGGAGAGGAAGGUCACUCUUAAUGUACUGGAAGGAAGGGAGAUACAGUUACACCGAUCGAAGGGGGUCCCAUGUCCUUAUUUCAUGGACAAGCCUUCAUACCAAAAUUGUACAGUCACGAGUUUGAUUACAUCGACACUUAGGGGUGAUGUAGCUACCCCGACACGUAUGGUAGAAGAGUAUAUUGAUGUAUUUUCGGAUGAGUUACCCAGAUUACCACCAAAGAGGGAGAUUGACUUUACCAUUGAGUUGUAUCCGAAUGUUAAGCCAAUUUCAAUUCCACCAUAUCGGAUGGCUUCAGAAAAAUUGAAGGAGUUGAUGACUCAGUUGGAAGAGUUACAAGACUUGGGGUUUAUUAGACCGAGUGUGUCCCCGUGGGGAGCACCAGUUUUGUUCAUAAAGAAGAAAAAUGGGUCGUUGAGGAUGUGUAUAAAUUACCGUUAA